AUGGAGCACUUUGAUCCUAAUAUCUAUGCGCCAGAUUAUCUCAUGUAUCAGCUGAGAGAUUGCUUCACUCAACUGGGUCUCUUUGAUCUUCGGUACGUUGGCCCCACUUUCACCUGGAUCAACUCGCAACCUGAUAAUCCCAUCUCAAAGAAGCUUGAUAGACUGAUGGUGAACAAUGCCUUUAUCGGUUCCUACCCCCACGCCCUGUCCACCUUUCAAGCCCCUCUCUUCUCAGACCAUUCACCAUGUGUCCUGGACCUAGCCUUUAGCCUCCCUUCAGCUGGUACCAAACCCUACAAAUUCCAAAACUACCUCAUCAAACACCCUGGUUUCGCCCAGCUAAUACAUGAUGCAUGGAUUCAAACUAGAAAUGCUUGUCAAACUCUGCCUCAAUUGUGUUGGAAACUAAAGCAAAUAAAGAGUGCACUAAAAAUUCUAAACAAAGAUAAUUACUCUAAAAUUCAGGAGAGAGUAAAUGAAACUAACAGUUUGCUUCAACUUGCGCAUGUACAAGCUCUUCAAAACCCUACUCCAGCUACAUUUCAGGCAGAGAGAGAUCUGCAUCAAAAGUGGAAUUUCCUAAGGGAGAUAGAGGAAAUAUUCUUUAGACAGAAAUCAAGGAUCAACUGGUUAAGAGAGGGGGACCUGAACACGACUUACUUCAUGCGUAUCUGUCAAACGAGAGCCAGCUACAACGCUAUUCGAGCCUUCCCGCUAGUUGAUGGAACAUGGGUAACAGAUCCUCUUGCAAUGAGUGAGCUAGCAGUAAGUCACUUCACAGCAGUGCUAGGGCCUCAGUACUACUAUCCACCGCUCCUGCACACUACACCGAUCUGGAUCAAGACCUCUCGGCCUUUCAGUUUCCGGAGCACUUAG